GGCAGAGCUUGUCGGAAAACGGAUAGGCAUUAUAGGUUGCUAAAGUAAGAAGUAACCGGUUCAAGUGUUUACUGGAUCUUUGUGGGUUUGUUUACAAAUAAAUCCUUAAAAAUGUCUCGGGGUUCGAGUGCGGGAUUUGACCGCCACAUCACCAUCUUUUCCCCGGAGGGUAGACUUUAUCAAGUCGAAUAUGCAUUCAAGGCCAUUAAUCAGGGAGGACUGACCUCUGUAGCGGUGCGAGGGAAAGACUGCGCCGUUAUUGUCACUCAGAAAAAAGUUCCUGACAAACUACUGGACGCCUCCACUGUCACUCACUUAUUCAAAAUAACAGAGAACAUCGGCUGUGUAAUGACCGGCAUGACGGCUGACAGCAGGUCACAGGUACAAAGGGCUCGCUAUGAGGCUGCUAACUGGAUGUAUAAGUACGGAUACGAGAUCCCGGUGGACAUGCUGUGUAAGAGGAUUGCAGAUAUCUCUCAGGUGUACACGCAGAACGCAGAGAUGAGACCGCUCGGCUGCUGUAUGAUCGUGGUCGGGGUGGAUGAGGAAUGCGGCCCGCAGGUGUAUAAGUGCGACCCAGCUGGUUAUUACUGUGGGUUUAAAGCCACAGCAGCCGGCGUCAAACAGACCGAAGCUACAAGUUUCCUGGAGAAAAAGGUCAAGAAGAAGUUAGACUGGACCUUCGAGCAGACCAUCGAGACGGCCAUCAGCUGCCUGUCCACAGUUCUGUCCAUCGACUUUAAGCCGUCCGAGCUGGAAGUGGGCGUGAUCACCACACAGGAACCCAGGUUCAAGAUUCUGUCACAGUCUGAGGUCGACACCCAUCUCGUGGCCCUGUCUGAGCGCGAUUGAGAACGAAGACGUUAGAUUUGUGAGAAGCACUACGUUAUAUAUCCUCAGUAUUCAGGUCACCCUCUGCCCCGCCUUCUGUCCCACCCCCUGUCCAGCCUUUUGCUGUUUAUUUUGCUUUAACCUGCAACACCUCAAUAAAACACAACUCUUUUUUUGGACAUUGCUUUCUUUAACGCUUCUGACUGCGUGAUGAGAAAAUAUCUUUUAUAGCCUCACGAAGGUCUAAAAACAGGACCUGUUUUUAAAAAUUGAUGCAGAAACCAUUUUUCUAAAAGCGGUCACUUCCUGGUGGGUCGCUGCAGCAUCGUGCAAUUUCCUGUGUGAGUUUCCUCAAUGCUCUACAGUAAUCUCUGUACAGAGCGGCUUCUUCUGUCUGGUCUUCUUUCACUGAAGUGUAAGUGUGUGUGUGUGUGUGUGUGUGGCCACAUUAUUCUCCCCUAUGAUGAGUGGAACCCUGUAGUUUUUCUUACGUCAGUAAACAGGCUGCAUGUGUGUCUCUCACUCACUCUGUCUGACUGUAACUGAUUAUUUUACUUUAUCUGAGUUUUACUGUAACCCAAAAAUACAUAUGACAUUAAUAUGAAUAAAACAGUUAUAAAUAGA